CGGCAUAAAGUAACACCUGCGAGGAGCAGUGAGGACGUGUUUGUGGAACGGACCGGUUUCCAGUAUCUGCGUUGUUGUAGCUACGUCGUUCGCUGUUCGAGUAUGAGCUUCUUGAAGCAGUUCGAUCGUUCGAAGAUCCCUCGUUCCCGGGUUGAGCUUCACUUACACUUAGACGGCUCAGUACGCAUAGAGACGGUAUGGGAGCUUGCGAAGAAGCGUGGAAUCGACCUGGGUGUACCAUCUCUAGCAGAGCUCAGAAGGAAACUUAUCCAGACAGACUCUAGAACACUGAAACACUUCCUUGAUCUCUUUGCAGUGUUUACACCCACUUUCACAGAUGAUUUGGAAGCGGUGGAGAGAAUCUCCUAUGAGCUCUGUGAAGAUCAGGCGCGUGACGGUGUUGCAUACUUCGAAACGAGGCUUGCACCCCAUCUGCUUGUGACGCCUUCAAGAUCGAUCACCCCGCGUCAGGUGUUGCAAGCCGUUUUGAAUGGCUUGCGUCGCGGCGAACAGGACUUUAAUAUUAAAGCCCGCACAAUACUAUGCUGCGUCUUCAACAAUGAUGAAUGGGCAAAAGAAACGCUUAAGAUGUGUGAGGAAUACCAGAAUAGUGGUGUUGUGGGGAUCGAUAUUGCUAAAGAUGAAACAAUAUACGGCGGAUUUACACCAACAGAAAUUCAAGUUUACGAGCGCGCAGCCCAUCUUGGGAUUAACCGCACUGCCCAUGCUGGCGAAAGUGGAUCCUACAACACAGUCUUAGAUGCUAUGACUUUGCUGCGCUGCAGCAGAGUAGGACAUGGUUACCGUGUAUUCCAGGACACUUCAGGAAGUACGUACCAAAUGGCACGCGAAGUGAAUCUCCACUUUGAGGCUUGCCCUUACUCUAGCGUGCUCACGGGAGGUUGUCCUCUGUCCAGCCAGAAACACUCGAUAGUCAGGUUUGCUGAAGACGGUGCGAACUUUUCUAUCAACAAAGACGACACCACAGUGACUGGCAGUACACUGGAUGACGAGUACAGGUUUCUGACUGAUCUUGGCUUGACUGAGUCUCAUAUUAUCAGAGCGAACAUGAAUGCUGCCUUGUCCUGCUUCUUACCUCACACGGAGAAAGAAGACCUUAUCAGCGAGUUAGCUCACGCCUAUGGUUUUCCCGCUAGCAAGGCACAUCUGAGCGCCCACUUGUAAAUGUGUAGUGAAAUACAUACUUUGACUUUA